GCCAGGACCCCUGGCCCGGCACCGCCGGCGGCGACACCGUGCCGAGGUCAAGGCGAGUGGGCCGGGCGCACAGCGCCCGGUGUCCGCGCGCAGUGGAAGAAGCGCUCCGGAGGCCGCCGUCGCUCAGGCCGUUUGCUGUGGCAGGACUUUCCAGCUCGGACCUAGAAGCGCUCGAUCCUGGGGCCAGCUGGCCCAGCGCGGGAGGUGUGUGGCCCCGCCGGCGGCCUGGCCAGCCCGCUCGUCUCCUCCCGCCUCGCCGGCCGCCUGGCGAACUGAGGCAGCGCUCUCUCGGCCCGAAGAGAGAGCUGGAAAUAGAGCCGACUUGUAAUAGAUAUGCUAACUGA